UUCGACGCUUUAUUCUAGCGCCAUAUUUACUUAGGAAACGGGACUUGUGCGCUCGCCGACGAAAUACUUUGUUGCACUUUGUAGACAUAUCGAUCGAGCGAGAUAACACUUUAUAUAAAAGUGAAAGUGAUAUAUGUACGUAUCAAAGAUACACAACUGUUUUAUAAAUCUGACAGAGGUAAUUUCGUAUAUCGGAUUCGAAAGUGGCGGGUGUCAGGUAGAGGUCAGAGAUUCUAUCGUUGAAGACUAUCGUCGAGAGCGGCGAUCGUGAUAGGAACGGAGCAGAAAUGGCCGCGUCCGACUCUUCCGGUCGUAAGGCUUAGUUUUUCCCGACAUCAAUCCCGUAUUUCUGUAUCGAAACUCGCGCGGAUCUAACAUUCACGCACGCGAUACUGCAAUUCCUAUUCGAAUUCCGAUUUCGUGCCUCCGUUGCUCUUUUCCGUUAUCGUCCGCGUGCGGCAAAUCGAACGGCAUAACCUAUCUCCUGAUAAUCGGCCGUCAGGCGUUGCGCGUGUUUGUGCUACUUCAAGACGACAAUGGCAAUGAACGAGGAUCUCAAUUUCGCCGAGCUAUGCAGGCUCUGUUCGUUAAAGAGCAAUCACCAGCUGCAGAUAUUCGACAAGGAGGGCGAGCAACGGCAGCUGCCGUUCAAGAUACGCUCCUGCAUUCCCACUGUGGUAACAAAAGAGGAUGGAUUACCAAAAAAUAUCUGUCAAAGGUGUAUCUACAAAUUGGAUAUGUUCUAUGAAUUUCGUCUCAGCUGCAUUACCACAGAAACAGUGUUGAAGAAUUAUGCCGAUAGUUUAAAGAACAUUGCUGCGCUCAGUCAGGGUACAGAUAAAGACAAGAUGUCAAACGGGGGACAGCAGCAGCAGCAGCGCUCAACUUAUGUGGAAUCGCACGCAAUAGCACACGCGGCAUUGCAACAGCACAUGGCCCAACAGGCCGCUCAAGCGAGAUUAGCUGGACCUGGACCACCCGCGGCUCCACAACCACCCAACCCCACGUUUACUCUACCGGACGACGGACUCGGAUAUGAUGACGGGGUGCGGGUACUGCGUUCUAUCGGAACAUGGUCGUCAGAUUAUUCUGCGGCGAUGCGUCCCGGUAGCAUGAUGCCGGCAUUUCCUGGUGCAACGGACCAACAGUUUAGAGCACCGGUAAAUCAACCCUUACGGACGACUACGACGACGACGAACAGCGUAGGCGUUCGUCCGGGAUCUGUUUCAAAGGCAACCAACACGGGCGAACCGACUACGAAAGCAUUUACUUGCACCGUGUGCGGGAAGGGACUUGCUCGUAAAGAUAAACUUGUCAUACACAUGCGUAUACACACUGGGGAGAAGCCAUAUUCCUGCGAAGUAUGCGGCAAAGCAUUCGCACGUCGAGAUAAAUUGGUCAUUCACAUGAACAAACUUAGACACAGACCUGGCGUUUCACCUCUCUCGGCACCAACGACACCAAGAUCCGAUCAACAACAGCAGCAACAGCAGCAGCAACAGCAGCAGCAGCAGCAAGCGCAGCAACAACAGCAACAGACAUCACGCCAAGAUAACAUUCAUAAAUUGAAAGAGGAACCAGUAAGUUGGACUUGCGAAUUAUGCGGACGAAUGUUUGCUCUCAGAGAGGAAUGGGCACAGCAUGCUCGAUCUCAUUUGGAAACGUCCGCGCCACCACAACAUGCCGCUCCAUACUUUCCCGGAUCUGCGCCGCCGCCGCAAUCUUACCCGUCCGAUAGGCAUUUCUGCUUAAUGUGUCGCGCCGAUUUCACAAAUAAGACCGAAUUUUUAUUUCAUAUACGCACGCACUGUGACCAGCCCGCGCAAUCGUCUGGAGGACAAUCAUCAAACGGUAAACAAGGCGGCGGUGAUCCUGCCACGGCUGAGCUUAUUGCCAGAGGACUUGUCGAUCCUUCUGGAUUAUGCAGCUAGAAUUACUUUUUCUCCCGUCACUACGUACCGUCGAUUUGUGUCUUACCAUAGUACAAGUUUUCUGCUCUUUGAUCAGAAACUUUUGCAUAGGAUGUCAUGCAUAUUGUGAUUGUAAUGAUAUACAUAUAUACCAACUUAUCGAUAAUAGAUACACAGUAGUACAUUCAAUAACUUUAAUAGACCAAAUACGCAAUAUAACUUUUCCAGUUGACUAAAUAAUCUGGUGCAGCUAUAAUUUUUUUUUUAGCUAUUGCUUUUAGAACCUUUGGCAUAUAAUAAAAGUGAAUCAUUUACGUCAUCUUCGAAAAAUUGAAAAUAAAUCAAUUUUAUGUGUCAUACUUAAUUAUUUUCUUUUGGGAUGACAAUCCAAAUUAUUGGAAAAGUUUAUUGAAUUUUUUAAUACAAUAGUCUAUAUUAUAGUCUAUAUACAUUUAUAACACCUUCACUUUAUGACAAAUUAUUAAAUAGACAGCCUUUUGUGCAUUUUAGAGCAAGUACAUAUCAGAACAAAUCGUAUAGAGAAAUUAUUUUUAGGAAUACUACUGUGUAUCUUGAAACGAGAUAAGAUUUGUCUCAUUAUUGAGGAAAAGAAAUUUAGGUACUGACGCGAUAUUCAAUUAUGAAAAUGCACUAUUGCGUCAAUAUUUAAAAGCUAUUACUUAAUAAUAUACGUUCCUACAUAGCUAGUUUCCCGCCAUCCAUAGGUAUCAGCAAACCUAUUUUGUAACUUUUUAAUAUACAUACAUAGUACAUAUAUAAAGGUGUAUCCGUAUAUUACCUUAUAAAACAAAUAAAUAGAGAGUUCGAUUAUUCAUAAUAUAAGGAACGCCAUAUUGCUGCAUAUUUUAAAUUAGAUAAAAAAGUUAUACUUAAGAAGUUACAAAAUAGCAGCUCAUAGCAGAAUGUACUUCCUGAUGUACAGGUUUGUUCUCAAUGCUAUUAUAUUUUUUUAUAUAUAUGUGUAUAUACGUUUUACAUUGCAAUGUUAUAAUUUAGAGAAUUUUUAUUAUUUCAAUGCUAACGUGUCAUUUGAUAGAUUUUGAAAUUAAGAAUAAUGAACUGUGACGCGCGUCGUUGACGGAUUACAUUAUUUGGAAAAUUAUAUUUUAUAUUGAAUUUUUAUACAAGAUGAUUUAUCUCAAACUUAAUGGUCUCAAGUAACUCUUUUAUUUUUUAUUAUAUGAAAUUAUAUUUAUUUUUUAUUAUAUGAAUUACGCAAGA